AUGGGUCAAGGUGAAGUAUCUGAUGCCUUUUUACAACAAGUUUUCCGAAAAGUUGAUGCUGAUGGCUCAGGUUCAAUUUCAUCCAAUGAACUUCAAUCAGCUCUCUCCAAUGGUACAUGGAGUCCAUUCAAUCCUGAAACGGUUCGAAUGAUGAUUGGAAUGUUUGAUCAAGAUGGUUCGGCAACGAUCGAUUUUAAAGAAUUUACAGCUUUGUGGAAUUUUAUUACUCAAUGGGAAAAAGUCUUUCGUGGUUUCGAUGAAGAUAAAAGCGGUUCGAUUGAUAAAAACGAAUUUCGUAAAGCUUUAACCUCAUUUGGUAUGUUCGACCAAGACAAUUCAUCUACUAUCGAUUUUCAAGAAUUUCGAGCACUCUGGCGUUAUGUUACGGAAUGGGAAAAAUGUUUCAGGAGAUUCGAUUUGGAUGGCAGUGGCACAAUUGACAAACACGAGCUUAAAGCAGCCUUGAGCUCGUUUGGUUAUCGUCUUUCGGAUCGGUUUUAUGACUUGUUAAUUCGAAAAUUUGAUCGAACUGGUCGUGGUACUGUUGCCUUCGACGACUUUAUUCAAGCUUGUGUAUCGAUUCAAACGUUAACCAAUGCUUUUCGUCAAUACGAUCGUUUACAAAAUGGACAAAUUACAAUAAAUUAUGAAGAUUUCUUAUCACUUGUCUUCUCACUUAAAAUGCGGCUCAAUCCAAAUUAA